CUCUAAAAAAGUCAAGAGAAGCACCGACCACGGACUUCGUCCUUUGGCUGGGGAUCCGGUUAGCCAAAAACCUGGCCGCGGAGAUCUUGAAACGGCUGUUCCCGGCGCCGACGAGGCGGGCGCUACUCGGCCGCCGGCACCACCACCAGCUCAUCCCGGCCAUGGAUUUCGGCCAGGCUGCCCCUAACCCCUUCCGCCUCUGCUCCGGCCUUCGCGUCCUUGGCUACCUCAUGAUCCUCAUGGUCGCCGCGAUCAUCGCCGUCACCUACUACGCCGUCGUCAUCGUCGUCUGGAGUCCUCGCCUCCUCCACGGCGGUCUCUCCUCCGCCGCCCUCGCACUGGCCGUCCUCGUCCCCUUCCAUCUCCUGCUUGUAUUGUUAAUAUGGAGCUAUUUUAUGGUAGUUUUCCGGGAUCCAGGCACUGUUCCUGUCAACUGGAGGCCUACAUUUGAUGUGGAGAGUUUGGAAAUCACUAGUUCUGAUUCUGUUGCUCAUGAAAGCAGGCUUUCUUCAGAGUCCUCAUCUGGAUUAGAAAGAAGAUUAAAUAUUGGCUAUUGCAACUUUUGUCAAAAUAACAAACCCCCUCGCUGUCAUCAUUGCUCAGUUUGUCAAAGAUGUGUUCUUAAGAUGGAUCAUCACUGUGUCUGGGUUGUCAAUUGUGUUGGUGCACGCAACUACAAAUUUUUUCUUCUUUUUCUGCUGUAUACUUUCCUCGAGACGAUUUUGGAUACUCUUGCAUUGCUUCCGCAUUUUAUCACCUUCUUUGGAGAUGCUAAGAAUCAUAGUAGCUCAGCUCAGAACCUUGCUGUUACAUUUAUUGCUUUCGUUCUUAACUUAGCCUUUUCGCUGAGCCUUCUUUGUUUUGUGGUCAUGCAUUCAUCUCUUGUUCUAAGCAAUACCACCACCAUAGAGGUUUAUGAGAAGAAAAAGGCAGUUACAUGGAAGUAUGAUAUAGGAAGGAGGAAAAAUUUUGAACAGGUUUUUGGCACCAAAAAGAUAUUUUGGUUCCUCCCAUUGUUCUCUGAGAAGGAUUUAGAAAAUAUUCCUGCACUUGGAGGACUGGAAUUUCCUAUGCGCUCUGAUGUUGAGGCUUAAGGUCAACCGGACAUGGUGACACCAAUCUGCAAUAUCAAGUCUGGUCAUCAAGCAGCUGUAUCAUAUCACAACACUAUGAUGUAGGUAUUUAAACAAAUGGCACCACAGUAUGAUGUAAUCAUACACUCCUGAAUUAUCCUUGAAGAAAAAACAAAAAGAAAAAAGAAAGAUAUAUAGUUAUGAGUUGAUUGUUUUGCAAACUGAUGACAUUAAGUGCAUGUAUCAAUUAGGAGCUUUCUUACCAUUAAAUUUUUUUAUUAAUUUUUGUGCAAGUUGAUAGUUUGUACACACUUUUGUCUAUCUCACAUACACACUGGCCAUUUGUAAUGCAGUUAAUUCAUUGCUUUCCUUUAUUGCAUUUUCGGGGAAAAUUUUCCCGGAUUCUCUUCCAUUGAAACUACUGGCAAUUGGUCAGCAGACGAUAUCACUAAUCCUGAAGCAUUUUUGUAGGUCUCUAAAAUAGAUAUAACAAAUUGAAACUGUUGACAAGUCAAUUAUGAGGUAUGUUGUGCCCUUCAUCUAACAGGUUCAAUCAUCAAUCCUGCAAAGCUUAAUUUUGAAGAAUUUAUGGAAGGUAAGAAUACCCAGCUGUUUAUGGUUAGACAUUGUUCAUGAUUGUCCACUUGUUUGUUUUUUUCUGUUACAAGCGGACGAUAGCAGCUUUGUUUUUGUUGUGUUGUUGGUUCAUUUGUCUGUCUGUCUGUCUGUCUGCUUGCCAGAGGUUCUUGUAUCAGAUCAGAGAAUCGGAAUAUUGUUUAUGAAACAUAAAAGUGUUAUGUUUGAGGUUGGUAUCUUAAUAGAUUCCUCAUCAUGCAAUUCUGGAGCUUCUUCUGAUUGGCAUCUUUAUGCAAUAGAUUCUAUCUAUCUAGACCUGAAAUAUUUAUGUCACUCAAGUCUUAUAUCAUUGACAAUUUAAUCCUGGAGUGUGUGUGUGUGUGUUUUUUUUUUUUUGUAUGUAAAUAUAUUAUCUUUCAGAGUGCAGCAUGACAUCAAACGACUGAUGCUAUAAAGAUUAAUUAUAAUAAGAGGAUGUGACCAAACACGGAAGCACUUGGGCAUUGCCAGCCACCAUCACCAACGCUGCCUUGUUUACAAACAACCUACUCUUUUGGCUGUUCCUUUUGUUGGACCAACGUUACGGACCGGUGAUGUUGAUUUGGAUUGAUGUUUCAUUGGAUCAACGUUAUGGACGGACCGGUGAUGUUGAUUGGGAUUACACAGUCCAAAUGGCACCCAUAAAUUACAUGCAUUUUAUUGUCAACUGUCCUAAGCUUCUAUUGUCUAACUUUAUGCAUAUUGACUCUUUGACAUAACAAGCACACCAACUGAUGGAGUUUGGACCGAAGAGGUUGGCAUUCAUCUUUGCUUCGCUAUGUGCGCUGCUAAGUGUUCUCGGAGCUGGGUUGUUGCUCCGGUGGGCGGUGGCAUUUCAUCGGCAUAAUGAGCAGCUGUGGAUGGUACCAGUUGGCCUGGUGAUGCUCUGCACGCCCAUCGUCGUCUCCUUCUCCGUCUUUGCUUCAAAGAAUUAACUGAUAUAGUUCACAGGUAUGCCCAACUGUGUAUGGAUUUAAUUAUUUAGAGAGGAAAUAUGCUUAAUUAUAAAGUAUCACAUUGUUUUUUCUGAUACGUGUUUCCCUCUUGUUUGACUUAGUUGAGAAUGAAACUCUCCCAGAUAGUCCCUUCACCAAAUAAGCAACAACUAUAACUGUCAUUUUUAGCCUACUCUAUUUGUGCCUGGCAACAAAGGCUUUGGAUUCAUAAUUAAACAAUUACUAUAUUGGGAUUUACACCAGAGUAUACAACUCUAUACUUCACUAGUUGAACACUUGAACCUGAACUCAAUCUCAAAUAACUAAAAGAGUAAUGCAGUUGCUACUCCAUGAGCAUCCUUCAAGACUCUGUGUGUUAAUCUUCAACAAGAUAUCAAUGGAGCAAGACAAGGCUCCGGUGGCUAAAGACUCUGAGAAGAAGACGGCGGUGUUUGCGAUGAUGUGCUUGCUAACGAUAAGCAUCGCCGGCGGUGGUCUUCUUGGGUGGUGGGCUGUAGCGUUUCAUCCCUACAAUAAGCAGCUGUGGAUGGUCCCCUUCAGCCUCAUCAUUCUCGGAACUCCGGUUAUUGUUUGGCUUGUGCUUUUCGCUUCGGACUCUCGCCGGAGUUUAGAGCUCCUGCAGGUGAGCUCUCCACCGGCGGCAGUUCCAGACGUUGAUGUAGAGAGAUGAUGAUGAAUUUCUACUGUAUCCAUUGAUGCAUGUACGUAGAUUUACCUUUGUUAUUAUACAUAUAAGCAACACAUAUUACAGAGUUUG